CAUUAAAACCAGCGUUGAACCUCUUCCGGUUGCGGUGACCCGGAUGUUAACGGAUGGACACGCCGCUGCUCCGGUCGUGUGUCCGUGAGUCCAACCGACGAGCAGCCUGAUUCUGGUGGCUUCUCUCCGGUUCCGUGAUGAGUUAACGGGAGAGAACGACUGUCGGUGGAUGACGUUUUCUUUAAGAUGAGAGAAAUCUUCCCGACGGCAGCAGAGAGGAGUGAACCCGCCUUGGAGGAAAGCUAACCCACGAAUGGCCUGCCAGUCUGUCGCCGCAGUCAUGGACGAGCAGGCCCUGCUGGGGCUCAACCCGAACGCCGACGCCCGCUACAGGCAGAGGGCCAUGGCAUACUUUGAGCAGCUGAAGGAGUCUCAGGAUGCCUGGGAGGUGUGUGCGGAGGCGCUCGCUAAAGGGAUUUACAACGACGACCACGUGAAGUUCUUCUGCUUCCAGGUUCUGGAGCAUCAGAUAAAGUUCAGACACGCUGGUCUGAGUGCAGUUCAGCAGCAGCUCAUCAGAGAGACGCUGAUGAAGUGGCUCCAGUGUCAGCUGAUGAACAACCAGCCGGAGAAGCCCUUCAUCAGGAACAAGGCGGCCCAGGUGUUCGCCCUCACCUUCGUCAUGGAGUAUCUGACUCUGUGGCCCAAGUUCUUCUUCGACAUCCUGUCUCUGGUGGGUCUGAACCCGCACGGCGUCGACAUCUACCUGAGGACGCUCAUGGCCAUCGACGCCGAGGUGGUCGACAGAGACAUCCUGCACUCACCUGAGGAGACGCGUAGAAACACUUUGAUCAAAGACGGCAUGCGGGAGCAGUGCAUCCCCCACCUGGUGGAGUCCUGGUUCCAGAUCCUGCAGACCUACCAGCAGUCCCACCCAGAGCUCACCUGUCAGUGUCUGGAGGUGGUGGGAGCCUACGUGUCCUGGAUCGACCUCAACCUCAUCGCCAACGACCGGUUCGUCAACCUGCUGCUCAGUCAGAUGUCUGUGGAGGAGCUCAGAGAGGAGGCCUGCGACUGCCUGUUUGAAAUCAUCAACAAAGGAAUGGACCCCGUGGAUAAAACCAAGCUGGUGGAGUCUCUGUGCCAAGUCCUGCAGUCUGCUGGAUUCUUCAACGUGGAGCAGGAGGAGGACGUGGACUUCCUGGCCAAGUUCUCCCGGCUGGUGAACGGGAUGGGUCAGAGUCUGGUGCUGAGCUGGACCAAACUGGCCAAGGCCGGCAACGUGAAGGACGCGGCCGAGACGCUGCAGGCCGUGGAGGCCAAAGUGCCGCUGCUGCUGCAGCUGCUGGUGCACGAGGACGACGACAUCUCGGCCAACAUCGUCGGCUUCUGCUACGAAUACCUGCACGUCCUCAAACAGCUUCCCCAACUGACGGACCAGCAGAAAACCAACAUAGAGGCCGUCAUGCUCGCCGUCAUGAAGAAGCUGACUUAUGACGACGAGUACAACUUUGAGAACGAGGGCGAGGACGAGGCCAUGUUUGUGGAGUACAGGAAGCAGCUGAAGAUGCUGUUGGACCGUCUGGCUCAGGUUUCUCCGGAGCUGCUGCUGGAGGCCGUACGACGAGUCUUCACCAACACCAUGCAGAAUUGGCAGACGGCUCCGUUCAUGGAGGUGGAGGUGGCCAUCCGGCUGCUCUACAUGCUGGGCGAGGCGCUGCCGGCGUCCCACGGCGCUCAUUUCUCCGGAGACACGGCGAAGACGAGCGCCCUGCAGGACAUGAUGAGGACGCUGGUGUCCUGCGGCGUGAGCAGCUACCAGCACAGCUCGGUGUCUCUGGAGUUCUUCGAAACUGUCGUCCGAUACGAUAAAUUCUUCAUCGUGGAGCCUCAGCACAUCCCAAAUGUUCUGAUGGCGUUUCUGGACCAAAGAGGACUGAGACACAACAGCCCGAAGGUCCGCAGCAGAGUCGCCUACCUUUUCUCCAGAUUCGUCAAAACACUGCAUUCUGUUGACAGUAAACACAUGAACGCCUUCAUUGAGGACAUCCUGACCCGGAUCCAGGACCUGCUCGAACUCGCUCCUCCUGAGAACGGCUUCCUGGCAAUGCUGACCAGCGACGACCAGCUGUUUAUGUUUGAGACGGCGGGCGUCCUGAUCGUGAACAGCGAGUGUCCGGCGGAGAGGAAGCAGGCGCUGAUGAGGAGCCUGCUGCUGCCGCUGAUGGACGUCUUCCGCCUGCUGCUCGCCAAACUGCUGCAGGAGACGGAGGAGGAGAGACAAGCCUCCCUCGCCGACUGUCUGAGCCACGCCGUCGGGUUCGCCAGUCGCACCAGCAAGGCGUUCAGCAACAAGCAGACGGUGAAGCAGUGCGGCUGCACGGAGGUCUACAGAGACUGCAUGCAGACCUUCCUGCCCGCACUGAGCUGCCCCGUCCAGAGGGGGGUGCUGCGCAGCUCGGUGCGCUCCUUCCUGCACCGGAUGAUCAUCUGCCUGGAGGAGGAGGUGCUGCCCUUCGUCCCCGCCGCCUCCGAGCACAUGCUGAAGGACUGCGAGGCCAAAGACCUGCAGGAGUUCAUCCCGCUCAUUAGCCAGAUCACCGCCAAGUUCAAGCGGCAGGUGUCUCCCUUCCUGCAGCAGGUCUUCAUGCCGCUGGUGCUCGCCAUCUUCGAGGUGUUGGCGCGGCCGGCAGAGGACAACGACCAGGCGGCGGCUCUGGAGAAACAGAUGCUGAGGAGGAGCUACUUCACCUUCAUCCAGACCGUCACGGGAAGCGGGAUGAACGAGGUGAUGGCCAAUCAGGGAGCAGAAAACAUCGAGCGCGUUGUGUUCACCAUCAUCCAGGGAGCCGUGGACUUCCCCGACCCCAUCGCUCAGAAGACCUGCUUCAUCAUCCUCUCCAAGCUGGUGGAGCUGUGGGGAGGCAAAGACGGCAUGGUGGGUUUCCCCGACUUCAUCUACAAACACAUCGUCCCCGCGUGCUUCCUGGCUCCUCUCAAACCGACCUUUGACCUCUCGGAUGCUCAGACAGUGCUGACGCUGUCGGAGUGUUCGCUCACGCUGAAAAUGAUUCAUCUCAAAAGGGGACCGGAGUUCAUCCAGUUCUUGCAGCAGGAGUAUUUACCCUCCCUGCAGGUGUCCCCAGAAAUCUCACAGGAGCUUUGUCAAGUGAUUCAGCAGCCAGACAUCAAAGUCCUGAAAAACUACAUUAAGGCGUUCUUCCAGCGAGCCAAGCUGUAGGAAAUAAAACUGGAAGUUCACUGGGAACCAAGAGGACACUUUCACAGGAAGUGGUCGUACGACGCCACUCACAACAAAAACAAUGGAACUUAGCAUAGGAGCCGCUUUUGCACUUAAAGUGAACGCGUAACGAAGCCCCGGUCCGUCUGAGUCGGGACGUGGACAGAAGGUCGGCGGACGGACGACCCCUCCAGCCACCGCCGAGACGAGCUGUCCACAUGGACUCGAGACGUAAAGGACCUCGACCGAUGUGGGGAACUCUGUGGAAAGUCGGGUUUUUAGGAGUAAACAGAUCUGUGGGAGAAACAUUCGGUAAUUAUCCUUCCACGAUAGCUUUAGCUCACAUUAGACACCCACAUCUCUCAACCUGCUAGAUUUGAGUUUGUUUGGAUGUUGUCGCCACAGAAUGGACAAAAAGAUAAGGGCUGAAUUGUAUUAUUUUUAUUCAAAAUGUGGCGUUGAUUUAUUUUUAUUGGAUGGACGGUUGGUUUUAAGUUUGAAGUGAAACUUUCUUAUAGCCCGGCUCGACUUUAUUUUCCUGAAUUCUCCAUUUAAAAGCAAAUACUGUCGGUAUUAUCUCUUUAUAUUUGUUACCCGAUGGGAUGUAGAUAAUCCAGGUUCAGUUCAUUCAGCACCCGUAUGGUGUGUUGAUAAUAAAAAAUUGAAGACAUGAUCCAGAAUAUUUUUUGUUUUCCUGGAAAUAUGAGUAAUAUUUGUUUAUAAUUUCAGAUGGAAAUGAACAUAAAAUGGAGGAACAAAGUGUAAAUAAGAGAAUACGAUGCUAAAAAAUGUAAAUAAAGUUCCUAGGUUUAGUUUUUCUUCUUUUUUUAAAAUCAUUCCCGUCUUGAAACUAAAUAUGGAAGCUCAUUUGUGCCAAAAAAGGAUUAAGAGUUGGAAAAAAUAAAAAUACUCUGAAUUUUC